CUCAGAGAGCCCUCUACAGAGACGUCAUGCAGGAGAACUAUGAGAAUGUGACCUCGCUGGCAUCACCCCAACAUGCCAGUGACACACACACUACCAAAGACCCUUCCCUGCUGCAGAACACUUUGGGAACAGAGCACAGGAGCAGUAUUACACAGUGUCAAGAUCUCCUAUUUGCUCAAGUAAAACUGGGAGUUAAGUCCAGCAUAACCAACCAAAGGUUCCUACCCCGACCUUCUCUCAAACCCUGAGCCUGCUCCACCCAGACCAGAAUGUGCUUGGGGUGUAACAAGCAGGCUGCUGGAGUCAGAGCUGCUGGUCCAGGGUUACUUAUCACACAGACACUCCGUGCGUUCUUGAAUGCUGGCUGGGGGUAUCCAGACAACGGAGCUCCAGCAGCAGAACAUUGAAACUCACCCAGGAUUACAGAUGACAGAACUCCUCACUGGUCUGGAUUGCACCCAUGCGUGUGAAAAUGGCCUAGGGUUUCCAGUUUCCCAACCUGAUGUGAUCUCCCAGCUGGAACAAGGAGAAGAGUCAUGGGUCCGAGACCUCCAGGGUUCAGAGGAAAGAGAGAUCCUGAGAGCUCCCUGCACAGCAGGUGAUGCAAUUCUUUGUGAGAAUGAGCAGAAUUCUCAGCAGGAAGAUGCUGAGCAAGUGGCUAAAUAUGGAGCAUUAUCGCAGAGAUCGAAAAGGAAUGUGUUCAGGAGUCAUGAGCAGGGAAAAUCCUGUGAGAUUCAGCACAGACCAGAGAGAGAACAGGGAAACCAGCCAGGAGAGAAAGUGGGUAAAUAUAUUUAUUCUCAGGGAACUCAGGAGAACCUCAAGGAAACCACAAUCCAGCAGGAAAUCCUCAUGGGAAAGAGAAAAAAUACAUGCACUGAGGGUGGAAAAAACUUAAGUGACUACUCAGCCCUUAUUAAACAUCAGAGAAUCCACACAAGAGAGCGGCCCUAUGAAUGCAGUGAGUGUGGGAAAAACUUCACUCACAGAUCAGGCCUUUUUCAACAUCAGAGAAUCCACACAGGGGAGAGGCCCUAUGAAUGCAGUGAGUGUGGGAAAACCUUCAUUCGGCGUGCACAUCUUAUUACGCAUCAGAGAAUCCACACAGGAGAGAAACCCAAUGAAUGCAGUGAGUGUGGGGAAACCUUCAGUCAACGCUCCAGCCUUGUUAGUCAUCAGAGAGUCCACACAGGGGAGAGGCCCUAUGAAUGCAGUGAGUGUGGGAAAACCUUCAGUCAACGCUCAAGCCUUGUUAGUCAUCAGAGAAUCCACACAGGGGAGAGGCCCUAUGAAUGCAGUGAGUGUGGAAAAACCUUCAAUCACAGCUCACACCUUAUUACCCAUCAGAGAAUCCACACUGGAGCGAGGCCCUGUGAAUGCAGUGAGUGUGGGAAAACCUUCAAUUGCAACUCACACCUUAUUACCCAUCAGAGAAUUCACACAGGAGAGAGGCCGUAUGAAUGCUGUGAGUGUGGGAAAACCUUCAAUCGCAGCUCAAACCUUAUUACCCAUCAGAGAAUCCACACAAGGGACCGGCCCUAUGAAUGCCGUGAGUGUGGGAAAAGUUUCACUAACAGAGCAGCCCAUCUUAAUCAUCAGAGAAUCCACACAGGGGAGAGGCCCUAUGAAUGCAGUGUGUGUGGGAAAAACUUCACUCAUAGAUCAGGCCUUUUUCAACAUCAGAGAAUCCACACAGGGGAGAGGCCCUAUGAAUGCGGUGAGUGUGGGAAAACCUUCAUUCGGCGCUCACAUCUUAUUACACAUCAGAGAAUCCACACAGGAGAGAAACCCAAUGAAUGCAGUGAGUGUGGGGAAACCUUCAGUCAACGCUCCAGCCUUGUUAGUCAUCAGAGAGUCCACACAGGGGAGAGGCCCUAUGAAUGCAGUGAGUGUGGGAAAACCUUCAUUCGGUGCUCACAUCUUAUUACCCAUCAGAGAAUGCACACAGGUGAGAAACCCUAUGAAUGCAGGGACUGUCGGAAAACCUUUUUUUGGAGCUCAGCCCAUGUUAGGCAUCAGAGAAUCUGCAAGGGAGAUCAACACCAUAAUAGCCUCUAGGGCUAUCAAGACUUCUUUUUUUUCUUUAAUACUUUGGCUGAUUCCCCCAUAGUGACCUUUAAAGCUGUUUGAACUGUUUGCAGCACCGUUAUCCCUCAGCUUGUCCAGAUGGGUGACCUAUUUUUGCCUUUUGCAGUUCACCCUGUUUCGAGGUAGACCCAUUUGUCCUUUCUAUCAACUCCAUUGGCUCAUGAGUAAUUCGAAUGUGCCCUUCCUACAGGGAACCAGGGAGCAUCACAUUUAUACCAUUCCUCCUAUUGCAGACUUAUUGUUAGUCACCAAUGAUGCAGAUUGUAUCGUUGCUAGUUGUUCUCAUGUUGCUCUGGGUUGUGCUGAAGAGCAGUUAUAUUGGGAACUUUUAAAAUUAUAUUUAAAUGAAGAGAAGCAGGGGCAGGAAAAAAGGUGUCAAUUCAGCCUCUGUGACACUGGAAGGAGAUGGGGUGACUCAGAGAUUCCCUCCUUCCCCAUCACUCCAGAACUGUUACCUCCUAUCUGAUCCAUGCAGAGUUUGUCUUCGUCACAUUCUAUCCAUCCACUUCUCAAAGUGUCAUGUGAUGAAGUGUUAUCAGCUGUCUGUGCUUGGAGAUGAUGCUGUGACUUCUUUAAUCCUAUAUCAGAGUCACUAUGACUGGAGAUGAAAGGUCAAAGACCCGGAAGGGGAAUUAAAAUGGAUCCCAAA